AUGAUUAUUCCUAUUAGAUGUUUUACUUGUGGAAAGGUAAUUUGAUGUUAAUGGAACAAUUAGGUAGUGGGUCAUUUGUGGAAUGAUUAUGUUCAAUUGCUCUAGGAUGGUGUAACAACUGGAGAGGCUUUGGAUAGAUUGGGUUUAGAGAGAUAUUGUUGCAGAAGAAUGAUUUUAACACAUGUAGAUCUAAUAGACAAAUUGCUAAAUUAUAAUAGUAAUUGUUUUAAGUAAUUAAAUAGUUUACAAAACACUGUGA